UUGAACCAUCCAUCAAACUCAAAGUGUCAUUUUACAUUUUCAUGUAACUUUGUUAAUUUUCUCGCACAAUUAAAACAUCCUAUGAAGGGAUUUAAUGUGUUAUUAUUAGUCAGAUAUUUUAUUUUGAAUCUUUGCAUGGGGUGGUAUAAUAUUAGACAACUCCCCCGUUAAAAUACCACCCACUGACAAAAUUCUUACUCAAGUGCUAGUGGAAUGGCUGCCAUAUUGAGGUGCAAGGUGGAGCUGUAGAAAGCGGAAAUUAGCUUAUUAAAGUUAACUUGAAAAGCAGUUCUUUUUUGUGAUGACUUUAUAAUUUAUACAACCAAAACACUCUGAUCAGUUAAUGGAAACUUCUUCUCGUUCGUGGAACAAGCCUUGUUUAUAGGAGGUCGCAGGAUGCCGUUCCCCCCUCCACCACCACCGCCGGGCCCACCUCCACCCCCAUCGUUUGCUCCUGCCCCUCCGCCUGCAGCAGCCUCUGAUGGACGGGGCCUUCUGCUGCAGAGCAUCCGACAAGGGGCCACUCUACGCAAGACUGUCACCAACGACAAGAGUGGACCGUUUAUUGCUGGGACCACACGACCGUCGAGUGGGAGUAGUGGCAGCAGUGGAGGCAGUUCAGGUGGCGGUGUUGGCAGCAGUCCCCGCAGUAAUGGGAUAGUCAAUGGCUCAGCCACGUUGGGACGUAACAACGGACUGGCCGGCUUGUUCGCCCAGGGAAUGCCCAAACUGAAGCCAACAGGAGUUGAUAUUGGUCAAAACAACUCUCAGUCUCUUACGUCUCUGCCCUCUGCAACUAGCACUUCAGGAAAAACAGACCAACCAAGGAAGCAGUUCAACGUCGACAUAAAAAAUCGAGGUCCUCCUCCCAAGCCACCACCUGCUAAUCAGAAGCCUACCAUGCCUCAGGAUAUCUCUUUUUUAGGAUCGAAGUCAAAAUUGAAUCAAGAGGAUCGCAAGAAGUCUAUUUCCUACAACAAAUUAGUUUCUCCUCAGAUUUACAAGCCACAGAUCAUCCCUAGACCUAGAGUGUUGUCACAUGUCAGUUCUGAAAACCCCUCUACUGAGCAUGGGGUAUUGGUGAAAACAUCUCUUUCAAAAUCUAUGUAUUCCCUGGCAAACAUUGAACCUCAAAAUGCCUACACCACAGAUACUACAGACAUCAAGUCAUCUGAUAUCAAAUUUACUUUGACACCAAUAAAUUUUCCAAAUGCUAAAACUCCCCCACGGUUUGCUCCUGCACCUCAGUCACCUGUUUUCAAGUUUCCCCCUCCUCCAACAUCAAAAGAGCUAGGUCUCAACUCCUUUGGCACUUUCCCGUCUCGUGUGUCCCUAAGACCUACAGACACUGUACGCUCGGAGAAGCCGCUUUCAAAACGCCCAUUGUUCACUAUCGCUCCGAUUCAGUCACCUAAUGUGAACAACUACCAGUCUCCUUCCCCCUCGCCAAACCGUAAUGAGUACAAUCGUUACAGAGACUCAUCUAUGACAAAAUCUAAUCUUCCUCAGAACCAGUAUCUACCCCCAUUACCCACCUCUCCGAGACCCAAACCAUCCACUUUAGCACCCUCUACUCCUGUUGAGUUUAAGAUCCAGAGACCUCGUCUAUCUUCAACUUUUGAGAAGGCAGAAUCUUCAACGAGUACGUCAGACUCGGUUCUGACAGGACCGAUACACAACCGGUCCAAUAGCACGACCAGUCUUAAUAGCAACAAUGGCUCGUGGCAGGCGGCUCCGCGAGCAAUGAAAGCACCUCCAGGUGGCCACGGGAAGCCCAACGUGGCACCCAAGCCACCAGGCUAUGUCGCCAAGAGUCCUGGCAAGUUAACCAAUGGACGGCCUAGUGUGACUAGAGCUCAGAGUAUGAGGGCACCUCGCUCUCCACCCGUCGCCCCUCCAGGACAAAUGCCCUUGUUACCAAACCAAAGUGAGCUGUACAGAGGGGCGCCGAUGUUCCAUCAGUCACAGGACUCGUUGCUAGCCACUCCUCCUCCGCCCAAGCACCACACGCUGCCGUCACCUCGGGGGGCCCCGCCACACAGACCACUGAGGCCCCCGCAGACCCGCCCGCCUCCUCCCCCUCCCAACAAGGUGGUGAUGAGCAGCCCUCCACCACCUCCGCCUACACAGGCACCUCCCCCACCACCUCACAGAGUGCCUCCACUGAUGCAUAGGAUACCUGCCCCGCCACAGGCUGCGAGUCCGGCCCCCCCUCCACCACCUGCAAGGCACUCAUCCAUGCGCAACGGACUCCCUCCCAGCUUCUCAAGCAAGUUGGAGGCAAGGUUCUUCGAAAAGUUCCACAUGAGAGAAGAGUUCUCCCCUCCACAACCUUUCUUGAACCUCAGUAAAGUCUACAACAGCAGAACAGCCAAACAGCCGGCGCCGCAACCACCCCAAAACCAACACAUCCAGCUUCAAUGGCCGAGAGAUAACAGUUCCACUUGCUAGCGACUCAUCAACUUAGCUCCACCCCUCUUGCUCAAUCAGGGUAAUCCCUUGCCUCUCUUCCUCAUCUGUCUUCUAUCUAGCAUACAUUGUUAUUGACCUUGUUAUCCCAGUUCCUCAUGUAUUGAGAGUGUGCUUUCAAUAAUUGUUUUUAGACCAAGCAAAGUGUUGUUAAGUAAGUUAUAUACAGUAAAACUCCAAGUAUCCUAACUCCAAUUAACCGAAUCUCCAAUUAUCCGAAUCGCUUAUUUCGACAAUUAAAAAAACGUAAAGCUACAGUAAUAAGUUUUGCAAAAUACCAAAGAAUUGUUACUAAACACAUUUAGCCAAUUUUGAACUUUGAUGGAACACUAUUGACUUAAUAACAUGUAUAGAACACUUGUACUAUGAGCAUUGUAAACUGUAAAAAUGUUCUGAUUUAAAUUAUUAUUAAUUAAAAGUUCACUUAGUACCGAAAAUGAGGAUUUUUUAAAAAAACCCGGGAUUACGGUAAAACUCCGAUUAUCCGAAUUUUUGAUUAUCCGAAUGGGGUCUGGUCCCUAUUGAUUCGGAUAAUUGGAGUUCUACUGUAAUUUCUUGUUAAUCGACCAUUUGAGGGUUUUGUUUAACAUGUUAAUUUUCAUCUAUAUAAUCAUCAUAGUUCCAUUUCCAAAAUAAGUGUUUUCUCUUGAGAUGAAUUUACAAAAAUUUUAAAAGAAAAUACAAGUAAAUAUACAUUGCAAUAAAUCAAUAAAUAAUCUUACUUGUACACUCUUACUACAUGGGAAGAACUUAAAAAUGUUACCUAAACAAAAAAAUUGUAUUUUGAUUAGUGAUUUAUUUUUUAGGAUUUUUUCAGAUUAUGUUAUUUAUUAUAUUUUUUCCUACCACUGCAUGGAAAUGGUCACAUUACCAUACCCAAAAUAGCUUAUUGUCGCCCUAGAGCGGGAAUGGAUCAUUCCCGCUAAUUAAAUCAGCAGAUUUCACAGUUGUCGUUUCUACACCAACCACAGCCGUAGAUCAGGUAUGUUAGUUAACAACCCUUAAGCAAAUAACAACAAAUAACCUAAACUUAAAAAGCAAACAUAACCUAAAUUACAUUUUAUAUACAUCUAAAAGUUCAUCUGUGUAUAGGUUCCCAUAAGUCAGUAAUGGUGGUAGGAAAAAUCUUGUGUAUUGCAAGCAAAAACAGCUCUUUGACACAUAGUUAUUUCAAUAAAUUUGUUCCUUGUUUAUCCAACUAUUGCUGGACAUAAAGGCCAAAACCAUAUGUUUUGUGACUUGAUUAGUAUUUUUACAUUUACUUUUACUAAAAAUUUGUGUGGCCUUCAUUGGGCCUGUUUAGUCAGAUGUGCUUUUGUUCAGAUGGCUUUUUAUUUACAUUUCCCUUGUAAAUGUUUUGUUGAACAAUAAUAGUUAUUUUAACAUGUUUUAAAAGGAAACAAAGUUUUUGUCUUACCUACAUCUAUUGAAUAAAUUUAUUAGUUUAUGAUCUUUGAUAAAAUAAUGCCAAGUUUCUUACACAUUGGAUAAAGAAGGUAAGAUAAACAUUUUAGUUUUUGAAGUUAUUCAUAUUCAUCAAUAUAGUCCUAGUUAUUUAUAUUAACAUUAUAUAAAAUUUCUCAUUAUGUUUUUCUAUAUUUUGUUUCAACUUUUUUAAUUUAAUCUAAAAUUAUACAAAUUAUUACUCGAGAGCAGAUUAACUGCUAAAUCGAGGGAUGUGUCUGUUUUCAUUGUUUAAUUAUAUUAAUAAACUAUAUUUGGGUUGUUACGAGACAUAAAACGUUAUUUCUUUGGUAGUAAAAUGUGGAUUUCAUAUUUAAUACAACAAAAUGCAUCUGUUUUAUCCUUGCAGUGGAACAAAAGUAUUACUACAGUAUGUUCAUUUUAACAUUCUCCACAAGACUGCAAACAAUAGUAUUCAACUGACCUGCUUAUUGUUGUUUUAAAUUUGGUUUAGGUUAACUUUUCCUUUGUAUUUUUAUAACACUAUCUAAUGCACUUUUAUUUAAGCAAUUUAUUCAUAUUAUUUCAUUUACCAACAUGUAGGUUAAAAGAUACCGGGUGUCCCACGAAGGGGUUUAAACGUUUGAUUUUAUAUUACGUGCCCAUUCAUGCACCAAAUCUUUUUAAACUUUACACAGUUUACAAAGUAGGUUCUAAAAAUAUUCUGGAAAAAUUUCAACUCCCUAACCUUAGUAGAAACAAAAUGGCGGCUUAUUGACAAAUUUACCAAUGUGCUUUCUAUAAAAACUACUUUCAUGAUUUAUUAUUAGUUAUUUAUUUAUUAUUAUUAUUUAUUAGUUAUUUGAUUAAUUUUUAGUUUUCCAUUUGGCUAUGUUCUAAUUUUUUCUUUUUUUAAAGUCAUAUUGCCCUGGAAAGUAACAAUAAAAAUAUUUUAUAAAACCAAAAAUACCUUUUUUAAUGUUUUAAAGUAACUUUUUCAAUAUGCCGCCAUUUUGUUUCUUCUAAGGUUAGGGAGUUGAAAUUUUUCCAGAAUAUUUUUAAAACCUACCUUGUAAACUGUGUAAAGUUUCAAAAAGUUCGGUGCAUGAAUGGGCGCGUAAUAUAAAAUCAAACGUUUAAACCCCUUCGUGGGACACCCUAUUAGGUAUAUAUUUAUUAAAUUUUAUAUAUUAUUUAUAUUUUAGUUUAACCAAUUUAUUUAAAGUAUGCUCAAAAAGAGUGCUGGAAAUAUUGUCAGAGAAUCAAAGUUCUCAUGAUUCAAUUAAUUUUAGGCUCUCUGAUAAUUCCAAGAUUUUAAAUUGACAUUUGGAAGGUAGUUUAGUCUUGCUUUGCCUUUUAGCUUUAUAUAAGAUUUUGGCUCAUCGUUUAUAAUUUUAAAUGCAUUAAUUAAUCAAACUAAUUUAUUUUAUUUUACCAAUGGAUUAGUUUUAAAUUUAUUAACAUUUAGAAUACAUGAUGGACAUUUGAUCAUGCGACAGAACGACCACUAGUGGUUUUAUAGUUAAGAAAAACAUAAUUUGUGAUAACAUGAUAUCAGUACAUAAUUAUUUAGUAUUAAACUCUUUAAACUCACUUAAUAUACCUCCUAUAUAGGAAAGUAUGUCAUUUACUUUUUCACUAUCUCUAUUUAUUUCUUCUGUAUUUAUUUUACGUUUCUUCUUAGCUGUUUGGUAGCUUAUUGUUUGUUGUGUUUUAGGUUGGUAUAUAUAUUAUAAUUGAGGGUUUGAGAGUUUGUUUGAAGGUUGUGUAAAAUUUUGUACUUAACCAUGAAACUUUAAUUUGUUUGUGUAACAUUUAUUAAUUAUUUUACACUCAGACAACAACGUUGUUGUUUUGUAAACUAAGUUAACCUAGUCAGCAAUUUAUCGAGACACCAGGCAGUGAAGUGCAUGUCUUUCUAAGAACUCUUAUUUUCAUCACACUUUUUAUUUUACUUGACCCUGUCUUCCACUUGAAUCAUGUAUAUCUAAGAUAGCAACUUUUAUUAAUAUUCAAACCAAACUAAUAAUAUAACCACUUUUUCUUUGUUAGAAGAGACAUUGCAUAUUUUUCUGCCCUGGGCAGUGCCUGUAAUAGUAUUUGUAACAUUAUUAUAAUAUUAAUUGUACAUAAAUAUCAGUAAAUAAUACUUGUUAUCAGUUUAACUGUAAAUACUAAAUUGUAAAUGUGUAUAAAACACCGAUAUCGUCUACCAAGAAUGUAUAUUGCAUACACUAGGGCAGAUAAUCAUAGUCUUAGGUUAUGGAAAUAUGUUGAUUUAAUAAUAACAGUUGUGUUAUAAGUU